CAGACUGAACAUAAUAUAGUAAUAAUAAUCAGGUGAUUCAUCAGGUGAUAAUAAUCUGGUAAUAUAGCAACGAGGUGAUUCUUUUAUCAUAAAUAGUUUUCGCCUUUUGUACAAGGAUAUUUUUAAGUUUCUUAUUACAUGUCUAAUUACAGUAACUGAAAUAGUAAAAGUGUCAAAAGAACUGAAGGUUGGACUGUGCUCCAAUUGAAAGUUUUCCUUAUUACCUCUGUGACAAGAGAAUGCUUUAUAUUGAAUUUUUAAUUUGUACUUACAUUAUAAAAUGUGAAAUGAAAUUGGACUAAAAAUAUGGUGGAAACAUGCACUAUUGACUGCAAUUGAGUGUCGAAACCUUCUGUAUAGGAACAAAGUUUGGAAACAACCUCUUCAUCAUACCUGGUGGUGCGGAGUGUAUAUUGCACCAUCGUAGAGAUCCUGGGACACUACAUCAUGAUGCAGACCAUGCAGCCUGCACUCCUGGGCUACCCCUUCCAGGGCCAGUACCACUCCUCAGCAGCCUUCUUUUCUGAGAGCAUGUCAUCAGCUGGACAGGGCCGCGUGAACCAACUGGGGGGAGUUUACAUCAACGGUCGGCCCCUGCCUAACCACAUCCGCGUGAAAAUCGUCGAAAUGGCGUCGGCCGGUGUUAGGCCGUGCGUCAUCUCUCGUCAACUCAGAGUCUCUCACGGCUGCGUCUCUAAAAUACUCAACAGAUACCAGGAGACGGGCUCCAUUCGACCUGGCGUCAUUGGAGGAUCCAAGCCCCGAAUGGCAACUCCAGAGAUCGAAAAGAAAGUUUCCGAAUACAAGAAAGAGAAUCCAGGAGUUUUUUCUUGGGAGAUCAGAGACAAGCUGAUGAAGGAAGGUUUGUGUGACCGCAACAGCGCGCCUUCGGUGUCCGCGAUAUCGCGACUCCUGCGCGGCCGCGACGAAGAAGAGGAGGUCGUACGCAAAAAAGAAGGGAUAAAAUCGCAGUCAAGCACUCCUUCAUCACAAGGACCCAAGAGCCUCUCGAGCGACUGUGACGAAGGCAGUGGAUAUGAUGACGACGAAGGUGACGACGAGCACGCAGACGCGCAGGGUGGGGGCAGAAAACAGCGACGUAGUCGUACGACGUUCACGGCCUACCAGCUGGACGAGCUGGAGAAGGCGUUCGAGCGCACGCAAUAUCCUGACAUAUACACGCGCGAGGAACUGGCAGCGAGGACGAGUCUAUCUGAAGCCAGGAUACAAGUCUGGUUCAGCAACAGAAGAGCGCGGCUCAGGAAGCAAAUGUCCUCGAGUGCCACGGCGAUGCCCUCAGUCUCAGCCAUGGGCAGCAUGGGCGCCAUGGGGGGCAUGGGGGGCAUGGGGCUACCCAUGGGGUACGGUCAUGCCCCCAGCCCAUACAUGUUUGCUGCCCAGGGGUUCCCAGACCCCACGGUGGCCUUCCCUUCGCAGUCCACAGCGGAGAGCUGCGUGUCGCUGUACGGCAGCGGCAGCGCCGGCCACCAGGCGGCCGCGGGCGGCGACGUCACGCGGACGAACAUGGCCGCUGCUGCCGCCGCUGCUGCCGCUUACCCUUCCCUAACCGCAGCUCACAAUCCACAAUUUUUCUCAGCCCAGGGCGCAGGCCACCUAAGCCACGGCGUGCAGGCCGCUGGGUCCUGGGGCAUGCCGGAGCGACGCGCUCCUGCAGCGCCGUCCUGCGUCGCUGCCGGCGCCCCUGCCGACCUGCGCUGCAGCUCUGCUGCUGACCUCAGGGGCGCCAUGGGGGCGGUGAGUGCUGCAGCGUCGGCAGCACCAUCUGCAGCAGCUGCAGCAGCUGUCGCCGCUUUAACUACAUCUUCAUCAUUCAAUGCAAGUCUACAGCAUACACGCUCUCCCAUGCAGCAUUUUGCUUCGCACCCAAUGUAUCCUUUCUACUACGGCCAGUAGCAUUUGGUGCAUCACUUCUACUACGGCCAGUAACAUUUCGUGUAUCACUUCUACUACGGCCAGUAACUUUUGGUGCAUCACUUUUGCUACGGCCAGUAGCAUUUUGUGCAUCACUUAUACUACGGGCAGUAGUAUUUUGUGUAUCACUUUUAAUACGGGCAGUGGUAUUUGGUGCAUCACUCAUGCUACAGACGGUAGCAAUACCUAUACUUUUCUCUUGUAUGGCCAGUAACGUUUCGCCCAUCCAAUCUGCUAAGGCCAAUGGCAUUUUGGGCAUACCUCCGCCUGCGUGUAUGAGCAUCUCAUGCAUCCCUUUAAUUACGACGACCAGUAGUUGGCAGAAGUAUUCGACAUACAUGUAUUAAGUGUAGAUCUAAUUUUUUAGCAGUAGAACCAUUUACUUUCUAUACUUGUGAAGGAACACAGCAUCGCAAAUUAUAACUUUACGAAUUCAGCGGGAACUAAUUUUGCCAUAAAAGGAAUUUUUUUCAUCAAUCAUCAUCCUACAUGAUAAUUUAUUUUGCAAUUAUUAUCAGCGAAUGUCUUAUAGUUAUUUUCGCCCAUUAAUUGGAUUUCCGUAACCUUGAAAACGACUGUAGCUGAUAACGCUCUAGUGUCAUAGACAGCUUGCUUGAAUAUAGGGGAGAAAAUUGUUCAUAUCGCCAUCGAAUCGUCCCCGCUUGGCCAUGUGUAUAAUGCGAUCUCUGAGUGAAUUGUAUUUUUCAUGUUAAAGUGUAAUGACUGAUGUUCCAAUGAGAGCAUAUAAUGUAAAGUGUUUUAUAUCAUGAAAUGUAUGUGAUGCUGUGCAGGAAAUCAAGAUUUGCUUUAAGUUAAGUUUAUUAAAUUAGCGUGGCUGCUCGUAUAUUGGUAUUGUAACAACUUCAACAAAAAUAUCAAUUUUUUCAUAGUGAAAGCACUGUUAAAACGUGAUAUACAAUUAGUAAUUUAUAAGGUUAUCACCUAAUUAAUCUUUGGUAAAAGACAUAAUUAUAUUUGUGAUAAGAACUCCCUCAGUAGAGUGUCAACACCAAUUCACAGCAUAAAAUAGGAAAAACCAAAAUGGUUCUGCAUAUAUAGAAGGGCGUUGCUAAGGCAAGUAAUUACACUGAAUUACUUAACUAUAGCUAAGCUUUUCUGAUUUCUGGAAUACGACUUUGCUUGUUGGCAUAUGCACAUCAUCAGUUAUUUCAUAGACACUGGAAAAACACAUAAAUCAUAUUUAAAAUCUGCUUUAACAAAUAAUAUCCAUCUAGACGUUUUAAGCAUUAGAGAAGAAAAGUAUAAUGCCUAUGGAGACAUUAUAGCAUUUGAUAAAUAAAUUCUAAUGACUAAUUAAACGAAAGAAUGCAUCUUCUGGAUGAUGAAAUCAAAUUCAAGAUUUUGAUACUAAAAAUACUUGCACUCGAAAAUGAUCUUAAUUUUGCAAGUGUGAUAACUGAUAUUCUUGCGUGAUUUUUCUUAUCGUCGUGAAACUCUUUUUGGUCAUAAAUUUAAAGAAUUUAUCAUAAUCAUUAAUUAAUAACUAGUGUAUAUACAUGUAUAAGUUGUGAAUAAGUAUAACCGGUUGUACAAUUAAAGUGGGGUGAAGUUCGUUUCAAGAUUGGUACUUCGAAUAUUAAUAUCUUUUCAAACAUCACGAAAGCCUCGGCAUAAAUGCAACAGCAAAUGUUCUUGUGUACAUAAACUCAAUAGAUUGAAUCUCUAUAGGUCUUGCAAUGCGCAGCAUGUGAAUAUUAUUACAUGAAUUCACGAUUAUUAAA